AUGGCUUUCGUAACCCCCACACCUCUUCCGCUGUACCGCACCACCCCAUCCUCGCGUAGCACGGAAACGCGCCGCCGCGUCACGUCUUCCUCCACUCCCAACCCUUCCUCUCGCCCCGUUCCCACCUCCAAACCUAGUCGCGCUCCGCGCCAGUCGCACAACAUCUCUCCCACCCCACGUCCGCGCACGCGCGCCCCUGUCAUCGACUCCCGCGUUGCCAGCGUCCUCGAGUCGCACCACUGGAUCGUUGUCAACAACCAAGGCCGCCGCAUGUUCGAGCGCGCCGCAGUCGCUCAAGCAGACAUGACUCGUCAGGUCGAGCGCCGCGCGCAGAGGGGGGCCCUCCACCGCUGGGUCCUCCGGGAGGUUCAAGAUCCCAUCGGCCUUGGUCCUGCCGCUCCCUUCUCGCCAAAGGACUCCCGCUACGUCGUUAUGGAGACUUUUAAGGCCACCGCAUCCGCGGAGGACCCCGGUAUCAUGCGGAGGUGGCUCUCAGCUGUGGAGAGAGUCGGUCCUUCCAUUCACGCCGUGGAUAUUCGUACGAGGAACUAUGAAAAUCUAUUUACUUCAAAGUUACAUGACGUCAAGUUUGACCCCAACGAGAACAUUGUCGUGGUCGAGUCGGUCAACGUCGACAUGGCGCGUCCGCACAACGCGGAGGAGGUCGUCGACAUUUUGAGGAGCACCGCAGAAGCUAGCGUGUCUGCGGGUACUUGCUUGGAGUUUUGCGUCCUGCAUAAGCCCGGGAAACAUGGCUUCUUCAAGACUAUCCAGGUCUAUAAGAAUGUUGACGCGUUGCGGCAACAUAUGGAUUCUGUGGACCAGGUGUACACCCGCCGCGUGCAGGGACGCAUUUCAGAUUCUCACCGUAGUCGGCACACCUUCCGGCCAGUCGUGUUUGCUUAA